ACAGCACGAAGUGUCCAUAAAAAAUGCAGAAACAAAAUGCCUGCUACCUUAGUUGAAAGAAAAUCAACAGUCAUUUGCAUGAGACACAAAGAAUUCUGGGGCAUUCUGCAGUUGACUAUUCCCCUCUUAGUUGGAAAGUCUAAACAUGUCUCGACUAACCUGGAAGAAGUGGCAACUCACCUUCAUGCUGGUGACUUCUUAACAGUUGACGAUGCAUCUGAUGCAGAACAGGCAACUAAGAAAGAGCCCCCAGUGUCAUCAUUCAACAUCCGAGAAAUGCCAUGCAACUGGAAGUGCUAUGUGGAUCCCUGCCUUUCAUUUUUGAUGGUCUUCAUUAUAAUGAAAAAUGCUGUUCCUCUCAUCAAAGAUGCAACCGCCAUCUUAAUGCUGAAAGUGCCUGAUAGAAUUCUGGUUAAACAGCUCAGUGAAGAUCUCAGCAGUGUUCCUGGAGUGCAAGGGAUUCACGAGCUUCAUAUCUGGGAGCUGUCAUCUGGGCGCAGUGUUGCUUCAUUGCAUGUAAAAUGUGCAGACUCACUCGCUUUCGAGAGCAUCAACCAGCAGCUUCAAGAGAUCUUUCACAAAGCAGGGGUCCAUUCUAUCACCAUCCAGCCUGAACUUACUUACCUGGAAAAGCCUUCAGGAAAAGAAACAUCGUGCACAGCAUCCUGCCUGUCCUCUGACUGCGAAACAUGGAUGUGUUGCCGAAUAUUCGUCAGCAGGACAGACGAACUAAAAGAUAAAGGUGAAACGGUGGCUGGAAUCCCCGUGGAAGUGGAGGCAGUGCUGCCCAAGUCUAGUGCUCAGGAUCCUGACCACGCAUGUGUUAGCAAUGGCUAACCAUACAGACACAGAGCCUGACACUGCAGCUGCUUUGAGGGUCCUGGUUUUAAAUGGGACGUUGUUGAGUAAAGUGCAGUUGUAUUCACUGGUUUGACGUUUUCAUUGAAUUGAUCUGUUAAAUCUAGAUAAAAGGAAACAAAGGUUUUCCUGUGCUUUGUUGUUAAACUUCUCUUCAGGUGA